CAAAGGCAUCCCCUACCUGGUAUAAAUUUAUCCUCCCAUCCGUCAGCUGAAAACUAUUCCAGAUAACCAUAUCGCUUCUUUCCAACCACUCCAAUAUCCAAGAGCAUUAUAUAUUCCAUAUAGCUUUCUUUCUAUUCUAGCUUUCAUUUGUCCAAGCGCCAUGGAGAAUACCAAGGAAGGUUUUCAGCAGCCUGGCAACGGGGAGGAGGUGAAGUGGGGGACGAAACACAUGGGGCCACCGGCGGCGCCGUCGGCGCACCCCCAGAACCAGCAGGCAGCCUUCUGGACGCCGCGGCCGGGCGACGACCACUGCCCGCCUUACGUGCUCCAAGAGCCGGUUCAGAAGCCGAGCUCCAGCCCCAUGGAGAGCAUCCUGGACUUCUUCAAUACAUGGACCAAAAAGGCCGAGACCAUGGCCUCUAACGUCUGGGAAAGUUUGAAGACUGCACCUAACAAAACAGAGGCAGCAUGGGGCAAGCUGAGCUUAACUGCAAAGGCUCUCACUGAGGGAGGUUUUGAGUCCCUUUACAAGCAGACCUUCCACACCGAACCCAGCGAGAGGCUCAAGAAGACGUUUGCUUGCUACCUCUCCACCACCACCGGUCCGGUGGCCGGAACCCUCUACCUCUCCAAUGUCAAAGUGGCCUUCUGCAGCGACCGCCCUCUCUCCUUCACUGCCCCCUCAGGACAGCAGGCCUGGAGCUACUAUAAGGUUGUGAUCCCUCUAGCGUUGAUUGCAACGGUUAAUCCUGUGACAAUGGCAGAGAAUCCACCAGCUAAGUACAUCCACAUGGUCACGGUGGAUGGGCAUGACUUCUGGUUCAUGGGCUUCGUCAACUACGACAAGGCAUCCGUGCAUGUCCUGGAUGCAGUCGCAGAAUUCGCAGCGGCUCAGCGUGGGGCUCAGCAUGGUGUUAGCCAAAUGAUCAGUUAAAAUGGGUGAAGAGAGAGAGAGGAUACAUGAGGAGUAGUUUCUCAGAGGUUGUUGGUUGUUACUUGUUAUUGUCCUCUUUGUUUGUUGUGGUUUGGCCUCUUUUUUUCUAUGUGGUGUUAUCUGUCUAAUAUGGAUUCUGUCCUCCAUCGUGUUCUAUUUGUAACUAGUAUUUCCAGUUUGAUGUUUGAUGAGAAGUGCUCCUUGACGCCAUCUUUCAGGCAUUUGUCUUC